AUGGCAACAUUAAACUUUGCUUUGAAGAACAACACCGGUUCGAACACGGUCUAUGCUUAUAUUACAGGCCAGGCGCUUGAUCAUAACAAUGCGCUUUUCCUCCUGCGAUCUGAUGGCAAGACAGCCUACUACCCGACCUCACCAUCGGCCACUGGGACCAGCCUGAGCGAAGAUUGUGCGAUUCCCCUGGGUGCCUCUGGUAGUACCACCACCAUCACUAUUCCGCACCUUGCCGGCGCCCGAUUGUGGUUCGCGCGAGACAACAGGUUGACCUUCUUUCUGAAUCCUGGACCUGCCUUGGUUGAGCCUUCGGUAUCCAACCCGUCGGACCGUAACUACAAUCUGGUGUGGGCCUUUUGCGAAUUCACCUGGAACCAUUACCAGCUUUAUGCGAAUCUCAGCUACGUCGACUUCGUGUCGAUGCCCAUCGCCAUGACCCUAACCAACGGAUCUGGUGCAACCCAGACUGUCAGGGGUCUGCCACCCAAUGGUCUCGACCUAGUCUGUAAUGCCCUCAGAGAGCAAAACAACAAGGAUGGCGCCGGCUGGGACAAGCUCAUAAUCCAGCGCAACGGGGUCAACUUGCGAGCCCUUUCCCCGAACACGGGACGAGCCCUCAAUCAGUCGUUGUUCCGAGGUUACUAUGAAGGCUAUGUGAAUCAAGUCUGGUCCUACUACGAAAACAGCACCAGAAAUACCUUGACAGUAAACACACAGGCUAACGCCGGUGAUGUCACUGCCAAAGUAACCUCCGGUCUCUUGUCCUUCUCAAUCCCAGGCAUCACGUAUACCAAGCCGUCUACUGGAGACAUCUUCAGCAAUAGUUCUGGGUCUUUUGCUGUGUCGGGGAAUGGCACCAAAGACGCCAUUACAGCUCGUCUCGCGGCGGCGUUCAAUCGCUCAACCUUGUUGAUCAAUGGCAACCAGCCGAAUGGGGAGACGGUUUCCAACUACUACAAGAACCCCGUGACAAACCACUACUCGCGUAUCUGUCAUUCUGUGAGCAUUGAUUCCCGAGGAUAUGCGUUCCCAUAUGAUGAUGUUGCACCCAAGGAUGGUUCCGAUCAGUCUGGCAGUGUUUUUGAUGGCAAUCCAAAGCUUUUAACAGUCACUAUUGGUGGUGGCCCCAGUAACUCUGCCAAGCAGUCUGCUAUCGAGAACGCCGCUGCGCCAGUCCGGCAGCCCGUGGAGAAUGGAAAGAAGUCGAGUCGCUUCCAUGAGCUGAGGAGCUUUGUCGAUAAGCUGUCGCACAGGCAGAGCAACACUUGA